AUGUCAGAGAUCUCCGGGAUCUCCGGGUCGAUACCACCUCUCGUUGUCUAUCCAUCAAGAGAUGUGAAGUCGUCUCUCCCCGCUACAGAAUGGGAAGCAUGCUUGGAUUCAUGGCUUUUGAGUCUCGAAUAUCGACUACGACUCCCGGCGACACAAUUUCGAAACUUCGGUUUUUCACAUGAAUCCAGCGGAGUGGACUUCCUUCUUUCUUUGUUCGACGCAUAUCCUGAGCAUGACAAAUCUUCGUCACUCCAGCAGAAAGAAAGACUGCUGCUCAAACGGGCAUAUUUAUUGUCCAGACGACUUCUCCUGGAGACUUCAUAUCCCUUGGAUUGUGCAAAUGACAAGCUAACGACAUUUAUCACACUGGCGAGUCGCACCUUUAACUCAGUAGCAGAUUGGAAAGUCACGUUGCGAAAAUUGUGGGCGACCAAUAAGACUCAGCUAACAGCUGCCGUUGAAGAAUGGAGAAGAAAUAUCUCCGCCAGCAUGGCUGCAUCUUCGGAAUCUCCUGCCGUGGUGGAGAAUUUGCGACGUUUCAAUGCAUUCGUGAAGGUAUCUGCCGAUGCGGGUCUAGUCCUGAUGACGGGAUCCGACUACUUGGAGUUACUCAUUGAGAUUUAUAGUAGCAAGUCCAAUGCACCGUCAGCUUCAGUGUUGCGGAAGGCAUUGACGGAGCACAUUUUCUACUCACUAAGAAGCCUGAUGUCGGAUGGCUCCCAACAUCCGUCACUCCUGUUGGAUCAUCUCUAUUUCUUGAGAUCUGAGUCUGAGCGGCUCAGCAAGGCAAAUCCGUCCCUUCCCACCUUGGGAUCCAGCCUUGUCUGCUCGACAUCAUUCCUCAGGCACUUGGCGGCAGAUGAUGCGAUCAAUUCUAACAAACGAGGUCAAGGGCUGAUCGACUCUCUCGGAGUUUAUCGUCAAUACAACCUUCAACUGCAUCCUCCCGUCACUCCAAGAAAGCGACCUUCCGCAAAAGGUAAAGCUAAAGCUAAAGCCUUGCCAGAAGAGCAUAUGCAUAUGCACAAGGCGUCACAGAUAUCUCAGAUUCACGACCUAUUCCCAGACCUCCCCAACGGGUAUAUUAUGGCAUUGCUGGAUCAUUUCGGCGACGACACCGAAGCUGUUAUUGCGGCUCUCCUCGAACCUGACUCACUACCACCGCACCUACAAGAUGCGGCCGAAUAUCAAGGGCCUUCUAUGGAUAUAGAUGGGCCUUCGCAUAAUCUUGCACCACAUUCAACGCCCCCACUCCUCCCUCAUCGAAGAAACGUGUUUGAUGGUGAUGAUUUCGACCAGUUGAGGAUUUCCCCCAACCGAUUACAUAAAGGAAGGAAAGAGAUCAAAAUGGAUCAAUCAGGAUCCAAGGAGCAUUCAAGGAGCAAGGCAGCCAUUAUGGCAGCACUUGCUGCGUUUGAUUCGGAUGAUGACGAACGUGAUGACACGUACGACGUUGCUGACGUUGGCGGAACGGUUGACUCGACGCUGGACACAGAUGAUAGACCUCGCACCAACGCACAGUCUGACGCAAACCCACAUGAAGAAAGCUUGUUCCGAGCAUGGAAAGCCAACGAAGAGAUGUUUGCGCGCGAUAGCAAAACUCGUGUUACAAAGGUGCGACAAGACUUGAAACGAGAGACAGGCAUGAGCGAUGAACAGAUAGAAGGGUGGGCGAUCAUGUUGAAGAAAGAUUCCAAACUGCAAAGCAGACUGGACGAGAAAUACUCUGCAGGCCAGUCAUUCCAGGGCAGUCAACCUUUACUUCCAGCAACACGAUGGCAAGGUGACACGCCUGAAGAUAGCGAAGAGAGUGAACAAGCUGUUGGCGGUCGUCGUGUAGGACAGGCACAGAUUCGGGGAAACCGCUCAUGGGGCCGUGGUAGGGGAGGAAGUACUGCAGGCACAUCUGGGGACCAAGCCAGCACUCAAGCAGCACGAAAAAGAAAGGAGCAGGGUAAGGGGAGAGGUGGUGCUAAUCACCAACGGAGAGAGGGGCGAGCACGGAAAGUUGGAAGAGGGAUGGCGGGAGCACCAGGACCAUGA